AUGACUAUAUCCUUGAAGACCAAACUCCUGUGCUUGUUCAAGAAAGUACCUAGGACAAUUUCAACAACUAAUUUUAAACAGGAAAUCGGAAUGGGUGAAGUAUCUGUUUUAAUUCUGGAACAAGUGGACGUUAUUGUUAGGGAGGUGUUUCUUACUAUUCUUUCAAAUCCGAAAAAUUAUGCUGACUGUCCAAGAGUAGUUCUUGAAGAUGUAAGAAGUCAUGUGGAAAAGAUGAAGUGUAAAAUUUUGGACUUACAAGGGCUCGUAUCAGGAAGAACUAUCCUACCCCUGCCCACAUUUAUUGAACGAAUGGAAGAGAAUAAUGUGUCUCUCAAUGAAAGACUUACUCUUCAUUCGAUAGAAACGUUGGUAAUCCAAUGGACUCAUCAAAUUAGUGAUGUUUUAAAGCGUGACUCGGCACAAAAGAUUUUACAGGGUGAAUAUCCGGGACCUUCAGCUGAACUCGAAUUUUGGUUUAGGCAAAAAGAAAAUCUCCUUGGCAUUUAUGAUCAGUUGCAAAGACCAGAUGUCCAGAAAGUGAUCAAUAUAUUGCACUCAAAGAGGAGCAGCUAUUAUGACAGUUUUGUGGAGUUGAUAUCCGGAGUGGAAGAAGCUCUUUCAGAAGCUUUGGAUAUAGAAUUGUAUCUCCGACCUUUAAAAUGCUACAUUGCCCAUUUGGAGGAAUCCAACUUUGCAGACGUGGAAAGUCUAUACAGUGCGGUAUUCCACACCAUAUGCCUUAUCUGGACAAAUUCCAAGUACUACUGCUUUCCAGAGAGGAUAAUUGUUCUGCUGCAAGAACUCUGCAAUCUUCUCAUUGAUCGGGCAAUAAACUUCUUAAUUCCGGAGGAGAUAUUUAAAAUGGAGUUGGAAGAAGGGUUGGAAAGAGUGCAGCAAACAAUCCAAACAUUUAAAUCUUUCAAAAAGACGUUCUCAAUAUACAAAGAUAAAAUAUCCACCAGUUCUACAAACUUGGAGAAUGUGAAAAUGUGGGACUUCCCAUCCAACCUGGUAUUCUAUAGGUUUGAUAGUAUCCUGGAACGAUUACUUUACAUAGAGGAGUUAUUUACAGCAGCCAUCGAUUUCUUAAAACUGGAAAAAAUUGAAAUUGGUGGAUUCAGAGGGAAAAUUCUUAGUGAAGAGGUCCAUAUCAUGAGCGAAGAAUCAAAUGAAAUAUGGCGUGCUCUCCAAGAAAGCAAAUAUGAUCCUCUUGACUAUACUGACACGGGAUUUCUGUCUGAUUAUAUAAAAUACAGUCAACAAAUAAAUGACUUUGACCAUCAUUUAGGAAGGAUCCUAAACUUGGCCUUUGAAGAGUCAAGCAGCCUGGAAUCCGCUUUUAAGGUUUUGCAAAUCUUUGGUUCACUCCUGGAGCGGCCAAUUAUAAACUCUCUCUUUUGCCCAAAUUAUGUUACGCUUCUUUGUAUGUUUGAACAGGAAAUUAACUACUGCAAGGAAAUAUUUUAUAAGCAAAAGGAAAAAUGCAAUAAAGGACACACUGGACUUCAUAAAAACAUGCCUACAACUGCUGGGAACCUUAAAUGGUCUCACGAAUUGAGAGAAAGAUUAGUAAAACACAGAUCUUCCUUCAACAUCCUUAAUCACAGGACGCUGCGGAACGACGAAGCUACCCUGAUCUUUGAGAAAUAUGAUACAUUCUUGCAACUUUUAGAUAUACACGAUGAGGAAAUCUACAGUAUAUGGACUCAAGAUCUCUGUGCAUUGUGCGAGUCAUAUUUGAAUCAACCAAUUCUCAAGUGUGAAGAUGAUGGACUCUUGAAAACUAAUUUUAACCCAAAACUGAUGGCUGUUCUUUGCGAAGUGAAAUAUCUUGAGUUUAUGCAUGUGUCAAACAUUCCCGAUGUGGCAGAAGAGUUAUAUCUUCAGAGAAAGACACUGCACAAGCAUAUUGCCAACCUGGAUCUCAUAACAACAUGGUAUAACAGACUGCAAAACACAAUCUUACAAGAGGAGCGAGACAUUUUACAGAAGAAACUGACAGUGAUUGAUGAAAAGCUACAGCCCUCGUUAGGUCUUCUGACAUGGCAGGCAGACGAUUUGGAAAUUUAUAUUGAAGAGACUAGAGAACUUUUGUAUGAUGUGGAUAGCAGAGUCUUGAAGGCCAAACAAAAUGUCAAGGAGAUGGACAGUCUUAUGAAUGGACUGACUGAAAACUCAUUCAUGGUGAAAAGAAGUGGGAAACGUUCUUCACUUAUGGGACUUGGAGAUAAAGAGAGAAUAGCCAAACAAUGUAUUUAUGCAGAAGAAGUUGGGCAAAAGAUACAGGAACUUCUCAAGCACAAUCAGCAACUGUUCCAAGCAGAACCUCUUUCGGAUAAAUGGAAGGCCUACGCAGAGUACAUAGACCGCAUGAUUUUAGAUGGAUUGUACAGAGCGGUGAAGUGUUCACUUCAGUACUUGAUUGAUAACACAGAGUCAUCACUUAAAAAUGCCCCUUUGUUUGAAGUAGAACUUGUCCUUAAUGGAAGCGAAAUUACUUUUAUACCUUCUUUGGACCAUAAAAUUAGUGGCAAUUUUUCAAAUAUUAUAGAAAAUUUGCUUAGAGACACGUAUCGAAUUGCGUCUUCCAUUCCACGAGUCGCUGAACAUCUUGGAAAAGCAACAUACCAGCAAGAUGUUGAUGAGAUGGAGACGCUGAAAGAAAUGCAUCGGGAAAUAAUGAGCAGGGUGCACUCGACCAUUCUUAAUGUGAAAGAGUAUCAGAGAUACUUUAAAAAGUACAGCUAUUUGUGGACGGAUGAUAAAACAGAAUUCAUGAAGCAAUUCCUCUUAUAUGGUCGGUUUCUCAGCAGAGAAGAGAUGGAAUUAUAUGCAGAUUAUGAACUGCAAAAAUGCUCACCACAGCUAGAGCACUUCAAGAAACAGAUCAACUUUUAUGAAUCGUUGUUUAAUGAAGUUGGAGGUUUUCAGAAUGGGAAGACUUUCAAUGGGUGGCUUCGGGUCAAUGCAAAACCUUUCAAACUGUCUUUGAUGAACGUCAUCAAGAAGUGGAGCUGGAUGUUUCAGAAUCAUUUGCUGAACCUUGUCACACACAGUGUUAAUGAGCUUGAUGAAUUUAUUCAUCACAACGAGAAAGGUUUAGCCACAAAAGUGAAAGGUGAAAAUUACUCUGUACUGGCAAAAGUAAUGGGACAUCUAAUGGCAAUACGUGAUCGACAAUCCACAGAUGAGUUCUUUAGACAUCUGAAUGCCACAGCUGAAUUACUUCGAAGUUACGGACAGCAGCUACCCGAUCAGAUCUAUUUACGGCUUGAAGAAAUGCCUGAGAGGUGGAAAAACCUGAAAAAAAUUGCAUUUAUAGUAAAGCAUGAAGUGUCUCCUUUGCAGUCCAAUGAACUAUCCGUUAUCAGAAGGAAAUGUGUCGUUUUCGAGGUUAAGCAAAAUGAAUUCCAAAGUCGAUUUAAAAAGGAAAACAUUUUCAGAUUCGAUGCAGAUGAUCCGUUCAAGAAUCUUGAUAAGACCCACAAGGAUAUAUCGAGGCUCGAAGCUGAGAUGAGGAAACUGAAAGGCACAGCUGAUUUGUUUGAAGUAAAUGUCCCCGAGUAUAAGCAGCUCCAGCAAUGCCGAUCUGACAUCAUAUUGCUCAAAUCAGUCUGGGACAUGGUCAUAUUUGUGCGGACGAGCAUUAAGGAUUGGAUGAAAACGCCAUGGAAACAGAUAAAUGUUGAACAAAUGGAUAUGGAGUUGCGAAGAUUCGCAAAGGAAAUGAAGACAUUAGACAAAGAAGUGAGGACCUGGGAUGUUUACCUGGGCUUGGAGUCCACAGUAAAGAACAUGCUAACAUCUCUGCGAGCUGUAAAUGAGUUACAGAAUCCUGCAGUCCGGAAAAGACAUUGGCUUCAGCUAAUGAGCAAGACUGGGGUAAAAUUCAUAAUGAAUGAAAACACUGUCCUCGGGGACCUCAUUGCACUUCAGUUACAUAGAGUGGAGGAUGAAGUCAAGAACAUAGUUGACAAGGCUGUGAAAGAAAUGGCCAUCGAAAAGGUUCUAAUGGAGAUGAACCAUACUUGGAGCAUUAUGGAAUUUUCCUAUGAAAAGCAUCAUGAUACUGGGACACCAUUACUAAAAUCAGACGAGAAUUUGAUUGAGACACUAGAAGACAAUCAGGUUCAAUUGCAGAAUAUUUUAAUGAGCAAAUAUGUUGAAUAUUUCUUGGUUGAAGUGAGCAGAUGGCAGAAGAAAUUAAUGGUUGCGGACAUGGUUAUUUCUGUCUGGUUGGAAGUCCAGCAAACUUGGGCACACUUGGAGAGUAUAUUUUCCAACUCUGAGGAUAUCAGAAAACAGCUUCCUGAAGAUGCCAAAAGAUUUGAAGGAAUUGAUUUGGAUUUUAAGGAUCUAAUGGAAAGUGUAGUUAAUACUAGCAUAGUCAUCGAUGUAACUAACCAGCCUGGAUUUCUGGAAAAAUUGGAAACUCUUCAACAAAGGCUUACACUCUGUGAAAAGUCAUUAGCAGACUAUUUGGAAGCCAAGCGGCUUAGAUUCCCACGGUUUUAUUUUGUUUCAGCCAUGGAUUUACUAGAAAUCAUUUCAAAAGGAACACAACCAAAACAGGUAACCAGGCAUUUUCUGAAGUUGUUUGAUAAUGUUGCUGAUCUGAAAUUUGAAGAAGAGGAAUCAAAGACACAAUAUGCACUUGGAAUGUACAGCAGAGAAGGGGAGUUUGUUCCUUUUACUAAACCAUGUGUGUGUGAAGGGCAGGCGGAAGGUUGGUUGGGAAAUUUAGAAGACACAAUGCGUUCAUCUAUUCGGCAAGACAUCAUGGAAGCAGUAGCUGGGUAUGAAGACAAGCCUCGAGACCAGUGGAUGUUUGAUUAUUCAGCCCAGGUUGCCAUAACUGGUAGUCAGAUCUGGUGGGCAACUGAUGUGGAAAUUGUCUUUGAGAGACUGGAAGAGGGAUUUGAAAGUGCCCUGAAGGAUUAUAACCGCAAGCAAAUUGCUCAGCUGAAUACCCUUAUAAACAUGCUCUUAGGAGAAGUCACCCCUGUUGAUCGUCAGAAGAUCAUGACAGUCUGCACAAUUGAUGUGCACGCAAGAGAUGUGGUAGCCAGACUUAUUUCACAUAAGGUAUCUAAUGGUCAGGCAUUUGCGUGGCUGUCACAGUUACGUCACAAAUGGGAUGAAAGUCUAAAGGAAUGUUUUGUUAAUAUCUGUGAUGCUCAGUUCAAGUAUUCCUAUGAGUAUCUGGGUAAUACCCCUCGCCUUGUGAUCACACCUCUCACUGACAGAUGCUAUAUCACGUUGACUCAGGCUCUCCACUUGUCCAUGAGUGGCUCUCUCUCAGGUCCUGCUGGAACAGGAAAGACAGAAACCACUAAGGAUCUUGGCCGUUCCUUGGGAAUCAUGGUUUAUGUGUUUAAUUGCUCUGAGCAAAUGGACUAUAAGUCCAUUGGAAAUAUCUAUAAAGGUUUAUGUCAGACAGGAGUUUGGGGGUGCUUCGAUGAAUUUAAUCGCAUAUCAGUGGAGGUGCUCUCGGUGAUAGCAGUGCAAGUGAAGACCAUACAAGAUGCUAUACGUCACAAAAAGAAAAGAUUUUUUUUUCUGGGGGAAACAAUUGAAUUGAAAACUACAGUUGGAAUAUUUAUCACUCUUAAUCCGGGAUAUGCGGGGAGAGCUGAACUUCCAGAAAAUGUGAAGGCUCUAUUUCGUCCAUGUGCGAUGGUGAUUCCUGAUUUUGAACUUAUCUGUGAAAUAAUGCUGGUAGCCGAAGGAUUUGUUGAUGCAAGAAUGCUUGCCAGAAAGUUCAUCAGCCUGUAUACAUUGUGUCGACAGCUACUUUCAAAACAGGAUCACUAUGACUGGGGACUGAGAGCUAUAAAGUCUGUCUUAGUCGUGGCGGGAUCUUUGAAGCGUGAAGAUCGAAGCAGGCCCGAGGACCAGGUUUUGAUGAGAGCCCUGAGGGACUUUAAUCUUCCUAAAAUUGUAACCAAUGAUGUUACUAUUUUUCUGGGUCUCAUCAACGACUUGUUUCCUUUGCUGGAAGUCCCGAGGAAUAGAGAUGUGACGUUGGAACAGAUGGUGCGCCAGUCCAUUGGAGAACUUCACCUGCAGCCGGAGGAGAACUUUAUUCUGAAGAUUACACAAUUAGAGGAGCUACUAGCAGUUCGACAUUCUGUCUUUGUGGUGGGAAAUGCAGGAACAGGCAAAAGCACGAUUCUGAAGACUUUACAUAAAACAUAUUUCAAUAUGCGAUUAAAGCCCAUGUGGAAUGACAUCAAUCCUAAAGCUGUAACAACCGAUGAGCUAUUUGGGUUUCUUCACCCCUCAACAAGAGAAUGGAAGGAUGGACUGUUUUCUUUCACAAUGCGAGAACUCUUUGUUGUCCCACAUGAGGGUCCGAAGUGGAUUGUACUCGAUGGAGACAUUGAUCCAAUGUGGAUUGAGUCGCUGAAUACAGUCAUGGAUGAUAACAAGGUUCUGACCUUAGCAAGUAACGAACGUAUAUCUUUGACGCCUUCCAUGAGGUUACUUUUUGAAAUCAGCCAUCUUCGUGCAGCCACUCCAGCAACUGUGUCCAGAGCUGGCAUCCUCUAUGUCAACACGCAAGACCUCGGAUGGAGCCCUUAUGUUACCAGCUGGAUUGAAACGCGUAAAGCUCAAUCAGAAAGAGCAAAUCUGACCAUAUUGAUUGAUAAGUAUGUUCCUUAUUGCUUGGAGCAAGUACGAUGUAAUUUAAAAACUAUAACGCCAAUUCCAGAAAUCAGCAUGGUACAGACUUUGUGUUCCUUAUUGGAUUGUCUCCUGACUCCUGACAGUACCCCUCCAGAUUCACCUCGAGAAUUAUAUGAAGUUUAUUUUGUUUUUGCUUGUGUCUGGUCCUUUGGAGGAGCACUUUUUCAGGAUCAGCUGAUUGACUAUCGCUUGGAAUUUAGCAGAUGGUGGAACAAAGAAAUGAGAACCAUAAAAUUUCCGUCCCAUGGUACAGUUUUUGAUUAUUUUAUUGAUCCUGACACAAAGAAAUUCACUCCCUGGACAGAGAGAAUCCCACACUUUGAUAUGGCCCCAGAAAUUCCUUUACAGACUGUCCUGGUCCACACGGCUGAAACAGUCCGUUUGAGAUAUUUUUUAGAUUUACUGCUUGAAAAGGGGAAGCCAAUAAUGCUAGUUGGCAAUGCUGGUGUUGGAAAAACUGUUUUGGUGCUGGACAAGUUGGCAAACUUGCCGGAAGAAUACAUGGUGGCCAAGGUUCCCUUUAACUACUAUACGACAUCUGCCAUGCUCCAGCGCGUUCUUGAAAAGCCUUUGGAAAAGAAAGCUGGAAGGAACUAUUCUCCACCAGGCACCAAAAAACUGAUCUAUUUUAUUGAUGAUCUUAACAUGCCAGAGGUUGAUGCCUACAGCACAGUGCAGCCUCACACGUUGAUUAGACAACAUCUUGAUUACAGUCACUGGUACGAUAGACAGAAACUCAUUGCAAAAGAAAUUCAUAACUGUCAAUACAUAACAUGCAUGAAUCCUACUGCUGGGAGUUUUUCCAUCAAUCCUCGUCUGCAGAGACAUUUCUCCGUGUUCGCUGUGCAUUUUCCUGGAUUAGAUGCACUGACCACCAUUUACAGCAAAAUAAUUAGCACACAUUUUCAAAAUGGCGGCUUCAGCUACAGUGUACAGAAAUCUGUGACUACCCUCGUACAAGCGGCCAUUUGUCUACACCAGAAAAUGACCCAGAAUUUUCUUCCCACUGCAAUAAGAUUCCACUACAUUUUCAAUUUAAGAGACCUCACACACGUAUUUCAGGGAAUGCUUCUUGCAUCUCCUGAGUGUAUUCGAUUCUCCAGUGACUUGGUCGACUUAUGGCUACAUGAGUCAUCCAGAGUAUACUCCGAUAAACUCAUGGAAGAGAAAGACGUAGAACACUUUAAGAAGGUGCUCAUAGAUACUGCUAAAAGAUACUUUGAGGGUGUUGACGAGCACAUAUUUAUCCAUAAGCCGUUAAUUUAUUGCCACUUCGCUCUUGGAGCUGGAGAACCUCGCUAUUUUUCAGUAUCUGAUUGGGAAAAGCUGACUAGAAUUCUAACAGACACACUUGAGCAUUACAAUGAAAUUCAUGCAGCUAUGCAUCUUGUUCUGUUUGAAGAAGCCAUCCAGCACAUCUGCCGAAUCUGCCGAAUUCUGGAGUUCCCCUACGGAAACGCACUUUUGAUCGGUGUUGGCGGCAGUGGAAAGCAGAGCUUAUGCCGCUUAGCAGCCUUUCUCUGUUCACUUGAAGUUUUCCAAAUAACCCUUCGUAAAGGAUACAGCAUUAACGAUCUCAGGAGCGAUAUAGCUACACUGUAUUUGAAAGUGGGAGUGAAGAACAUCGGGACGGUAUUUCUACACACAGAUGCCCAGAUCCCCGAUGAAAGAUUUCUCGUCCUGAUAAAUGACAUGUUGUCAUCCGGUGAUAUUCCUGAUCUCUUUAGUGAAGAGGAGAUAGAUACCAUUAUUUCUUCCACAAGAAUGGAAUUGCGAGCUCUCUGCCUUCCUGACUCUAGAGAGAAUUGCUGGCAAUUUUUCAUCGACAGAAUCCGGCGACAGCUGAAGGUUGUGUUGUGCUUUUCACCCGUGGGUUUCACAUUACGAGCCAGAGCAAGGAAGUUCCCAGCGCUUGUGAACUGCACAGCAAUCGAUUGGUUCCACCCAUGGCCUCAAGCUGCCCUUCAUUCUGUUAGCGGUAGCUUUAUUCAGAAGCUCGAUGGACUUGACCCUCACGUGAAAACUUCUAUAAGUCAAUUUAUAACAUUUGCCCAUACAAGUGUCAAUGACGUGAGUGUUAAAUAUCAGCAGAACGAAAAGCAUUUUAACUACACGACUCCUAAAAGUUUCCUGGAACUUAUUAAACUCUAUUGGAAUCUUCUUGGGAAGAAAAGAAAUGAGUUGAUACAGAAAAUGGAAAGGCUGGAAAAUGGUUUACAAAAGCUUCAAACGACUGCUUUUCAGGUGGAAGACUUGAAGUCUAAACUUGCCAUUCAAGAAGUAGAACUUCAACAGAGAAACAGAGAUACCGAGGCACUCAUAGCCAAAAUAGGACAACAAACCGAGAAAGUCAAUCAAGAGAAAUCAAUUGCAGAUGCAGAAGAACGAAAGAUUGCUACCAUUCAGGCAGAAAUAACCAAACAGCAGCAAGAAUCGUCAGAUGACCUGGCUAAAGCAGAGCCUGCCCUGCAAGCAGCGAAUGCAGCUUUGAACACCUUAAACCGAUUAAAUCUUACAGAGUUAAGAACGUUCCCCAACCCACCAGCUGCCGUCACCAAUGUAACUGCCGCGGUACUAGUCCUAUUGUCAAAUGGUAAAAUCCCAAAAGACAGGAGUUGGAAAGCUGCAAAAGUAUUAAUGAGUAAGGUGGAUGAAUUCCUUCAAAACCUCAUCCAUUUUGAUAAGGAACAUAUUCCCGAGGCCACUGUUAAGGCCAUAAAAGAUGACUACCUUAGGGAUCCUGAGUUUAACUCUGAAUUCGUCCGAACAAAAUCAUCAGCCGCUGCAGGACUCUGUGCAUGGGUUAUUAAUAUCAUCCGAUUCCACGAGGUCCAUUGUGAAGUGGAUAUUAAACGCCAGUUACUUUCUCAAGCCACUAUAGACUUGGCCGUGGCAGCCGAAAAACUGGAAAUUAUUCAGAGAAAGCUUGAGGAACUAGACACAAACCUGUCUGCCUUAACAACUGCGUUUGAAAGAGCCACAGCUGAGAAAAUCCGCUGUCAAGAAGAAGUGAACAGAACUAACAAGACCAUUGAGCUGGCCAAUAGAUUAGUGAAAGGUCUAGAGUCAGAGAACGUCAGAUGGGCUCAAUCUGUGGCCCUUUUCCAUGAACAAGAGAAAACCCUAUCUGGAGAUGUUCUCCUGACUGCUGCCUUUAUCUCCUAUGCUGGUUCAUUCUCAAAAAAAUAUCGACAUGAGCUUGUUGAGCACUUGUGGAUACCCUUCUUGUCAAGUCAAAAGUUUCUUAUUCCGAUGACAGAGGGGCUAGAUCCAAUCUCAAUGCUGACUGAUGAUGCAACGAUUGCAAAAUGGAAUAACGAGGGUUUGCCAAGUGAUACAAUGUCCAUUCAAAAUGGCACCAUACUUACAAAUUGUGAACGCUGGCCUCUGAUGAUUGACCCCCAACUUCAAGGAAUAAAAUGGAUUAAAAGCAGAUAUGGAUCAAGACUAAAAGUUAUUCACUUAGGUCAGAUUGGGUACGUGGAUGUCAUAGAACAAGCUGUUGUUGCUGGAGAUCCUGUUUUGAUAGAAAAUUUAGGAGAAACUAUUGAUCCUGUGCUUGACAACUUACUUGGAAGGCAUACACUAAAAAAGGGAAGGUAUAUCAGGAUUGGCGACAAAGAGUGUAAAUUUCACCCAAAAUUUCGACUGAUCCUACAUACAAAACUUGCAAAUCCUCAUUAUAAGCCUGAAAUACAGGCACAGACAACUUUAAUCAAUUUCACUGUCACCCGAGAUGGUUUAGAAGAGCAACUUUUGGCUGAUGUCGUCAACCUGGAGAGACCUGAUUUGGAACAGUUUAAGUCUGAGCUCACAAAGCAACAAAAUUAUUUUAAAAUUGAGUUGAAAAUGCUUGAGGAUGAAUUACUGACACGCCUAUCGGCAGCAGAAAGUAAUUUCCUGGGGGAUCCACUUUUAGUCGAAAAACUGGAAACCACAAAACAUACAGCCGCGGAAAUAGAAAUGAAGGUGUUAGAAGCCAAAGUCAAUGAAGUGAAAAUUAACGAAGCUCGGGAAAGCUAUCGCCUUGUAGCAGCCAGAGCCUCCUUGCUUUAUUUUAUUGUAAACGAUCUGAAAAAAAUCAGCCCCAUGUAUCAGUUUUCACUCAAGGCUUUUAAUAUGGUGUUUCACAAGGCAGUUCAGCAGUUGGAACAAUGUGAGGAUGUCCAAACGAGAGUUAAUAACCUCAUUGACUGUGUUACAUACUCGACAUUCACAUACAUCAGUCGAGGUCUAUUUGAAAGAGAUAAAAUUACCUUCACAUCCCAGCUAGCAUUCCAGCUUUUAAUAAUGAGUAAAGAAAUUUCUGCUCACGAACUUGACUUUUUACUUCGAUUUCACAUUGACCACAGUUACAGUAGUCCACUGGAAUUUCUUUCGAAUUCUGCAUGGAGUGCAAUUAAGACAAUGAGUUUUAUGGAUGAAUUUCGAGGUUUAGACAGGGAUAUUGAAGGAUCUCCCAAACGUUGGAAAAAGGUUGUGGAAUCUGAAUGUCCGGAGAGAGAAAGGCUGCCGCAAGAGUGGAAAACCAAAAGUUCUCUACAAAAAAUGAUUAUGAUACGAGCUCUGAGGCCUGAUCGCAUGACGUACGCAAUCAGGAACUUCGUUGAAGAAAAAUUAGGAGCAAAAUACGUGGAAAGGCGUAAAACUGAGUUUGCGAAGUCAUUUCAGGAAAGUGGGACUGCUACCCCCAUUGUAUUUAUACUGUCUCCUGGCGUAGAUCCCUUGAAAGACGUAGAAUCCCUUGGGAACAGACUUGGAUUCACAAUUGAUUCAGGGAAACUUCACAAUAUAUCUUUAGGUCAAGGGCAGGAAGUUAUUGCAGAAAUCGCAAUGGAGAAAGCAUCAAAAGAAGGCCAUUGGGUCAUACUUCAAAAUAUCCAUCUUGUGGCUAAGUGGCUGAACACACUGGAGAAAUUACUGGAAAAGUACUGUGAUGAAAGUCACCCUAAUUUUCGUGUGUAUAUGAGUGCAGAACCGGCCCAAACCCCUAAAGAACAUAUCAUACCACAAGGUAUUCUAGAGAAUGCUAUUAAAAUCACAAAUGAACUUCCAACAGGAAUGCUAUCGAAUCUCCAUGCUGCACUGGAUAAUUUUGACCAGAAUAUUCUUGAUCAGUGCACUCGUGAGCAAGAAUUUAAGAGCAUAUUGUUCUCAUUGUGCUAUUUUCAUGCUUGUGUUGCUGAACGUCGUAAAUUUGGCCCCCAGGGCUGGAACAGGCAGUAUCCCUUUAAUUUUGGAGACCUCACAAUAUCUGUGAGUGUCCUCUACAAUUAUCUUGAAGCAAACACACAGGUUCCUUGGGAAGAUCUCCGUUACUUAUUUGGGGAGAUUAUGUAUGGUGGUCACAUCACUGAUGACUGGGACAGAAGAUUAUGCCGCACAUACUUAGAAGAAUACAUGCAAUCCAACCAGUUUGAUAGAAAACUCGCUUUAGCGCCUGGAUUUGCGGUCCCCUCUAACCUGGAUUAUGAAGGUUAUCAUAGAUACAUUGAUGAGAUGUUACCUCCUGAGAGCCCGGUCCAUUAUGGCCUACACCCCAACGCCGAAAUUGAAUUCUUAACUGUGACUUCAGACAACCUCUUCCGUACCUUGCUUGAAUUGCAGUCAAGAGAUUCGAUAAGCAGAGAAGGAGCUGCACAGACUGAAGAGGAAAAGGUUAAAACCUUCCUGGAUGAUAUUUUAGAAAAACUCCCUGUGGGAUAUAACAUGUCCGAUAUAACAUCAAAAACAGCAGAGCGAUCGCCAUAUAUUCUUGUCUGUUUCCAAGAGUGUGAGAGGAUGAACACUCUAAUACAGGAAAUGAGACGCUCUCUGAAAGAGCUUGAUCUGGGGCUCAAGGGGGAGUUGGCAAUCUCUUCCAAAAUGGAGCAACUGCAGUCAGCCCUAUUUUUUGACAAUGUACCUCACUCUUGGAUGAAACUAGCAUAUCCGUCAACAUACAGUUUGGCGCAGUGGUAUAAUGAUCUACUUCUUCGAUGUCGGGAACUUGACGCAUGGAUUCAGGAUUUCUCUCUCCCAACUGUUGUCUGGAUAUCAGGCUUUUUCAACCCCCAGUCCUUUCUCACAGCUGUCAUGCAAAGCUUAGCGCAUAAAAACGAAUGGCCUCUGGAUAAGAUGCACCUUACUGUGGAUGUCAUGAAGAAGUACAAAGAGGAAUUUUCACAGCCCGCCAGGGAAGGGGCGUAUAUAUAUGGUCUGCACCUGGAAGGAGCACGAUGGGAUGUUCAGAAUGGUCACAUUGCAGAAGCUCGUUUAAAAGCUCCAACUCCAGUCAUGCCCGUCAUCUUUGUGAGAGCAAUACCGAAUGACAGACAAGAGACAAGGAACAUGUAUGAAUGUCCAGUUUACAAGACAAAACUACGAGGGUCUACGUAUGUGUGGGCUUUUCACUUAAAGACCAAGGAAAGACCUUCAAAAUGGAUUAUUGCUGGCGUGGCUUUGCUAUUAAGUGUGUAAACUUAUUCUCUGCAAUACAUCAUGUUAAUAUUUUAGACAUUAAAAAUAAAAUUAAAGUUUGCACACUUGUUUGGGCU